UGGUUUCAAAACAACACGUGCGCAAUGUAUUUGCAUCAUUGAAAGACACAGGCCUUACUAUUCCCAUUAUUUUGAUCAAUAUUACAAUCGUGGUCUAGGAAACCUGUGUGGGAUUAAUUAGGAACCAUGUCCUCCAUUCGUCGCCCUGAACAUCAGGCUCCACCGGAUGUGUUCUACAAUGAAACUGAGGCCCGGAAAUAUACGCAAAACACACGUAUGAUCGAAAUCCAAAAUGGAAUGGCAGAGCGAGCGAUUGAGCUCCUUGCAUUACCCGAUGACGAGCCCUGUUUCGUGUUGGAUCUAGGAUGCGGCUCUGGACUCUCCGGCGAAUGCUUGGAAGAGAAUGGACAUUUCUGGGUUGGCGUGGACAUCUCAAAGUCCAUGUUGGAUGUGGCGAAAGAGCGCGAAGUGGAAGGCGAUCUGGUGCAUGGUGAUCUGGGCGACGGUCUCCCGUUUCGCCCUGGAUCCUUUGAUGGGGCCAUUAGUAUCAGUGCUUUGCAAUGGUUGUGCAAUGCCGACAAAUCCUAUCACAAACCGCAUAAGCGCUUGUACAAGUUCUUCUCGUCCUUGUUCGCGAGUUUGUCCAAAGGUGGUCGAGCCGUCUUUCAGUUCUACCCCGAGAAUGCCCAUCAGAUCGAGAUGAUCACGUCCCAGUCCAUGAAGGCCGGUUUCACCGGGGGCUUGGUGGUGGACUAUCCCAACAGUACGAAGGCCAAAAAAUAUUUCCUCGUGCUCAUGACCUCUUCAGCCCAUUCGAGGAUGCCAAAGGCUUUGGGUGUGGACUCUGCCUCCUCGACGACCGUGCAAAAUGAGGCCACCCGUGAUAGAAUCCGGAAAUCGCGCGGAAAGAGCUUGAAGAGCGGCAAAGAAUGGAUACAGGAGCGCAAAGAGAGACGACGAAGGAAGGGAUUGGAAACCCGACCGGACUCGAAAUUCACCGGCCGAAAAAGAGCUGGCCGAUUCUGAGCUUAAUCUGUUGUGCUUUUUUGAUAAGAACCGACGAAUAUAUAGUUGUUCCUUCUUCCAUCAA